CUAGUAGAGAAAAGGAAGCAGCAGUGGGCAGUGGCUGGGUCCUACUUGCCUAACUCAACCAUUAAAGAAUUGCAUUUCCUGCUUUUCUAACCCAUAUGCCGAGAAGUUUAACCCAGCAAGCAUGUGUAGGUGCCAUUCAAUCUUUAUUAUGAGUCCAAAGCAACAGAGCUAGCAUGAACAGAGCCUAAUUUCUGUCAAAAUGCCACCAACUCAAACCCCCACCAAGAAGCAAUCAGAAAGACUUCUCCUCUUGCCUUUUCCUCCAACUCAUGGGAACCCUUGUUAGGCCAUUUUCAUCAGCUUUUGCAACCAGGAAGGAUCAUCUACUCUUCCCUUCACCCACUGCUUCAUUUCCUUCUGCAAAACCCCAUUUAAGAACAUCAAGAAGGGCUCAUCAUGGAAUCAACAGCAGCAAGUUUGGUAGCUUCCUCGACCUAAAACCAGAGACGAAACCCGAGUGCUUAGAUUUUGAUCUUACUUGGUUUAACCCUUCUGAUCGGCCUUGCUUUGAUGUCAUCAUUAUUGGCACUGGCCCAGGUGGUCUCCGGCUUGCCGAGCAAGUGUCUCGCUAUGGAAUCAAGGUAUGUUGUAUUGAUCCUUCACCACUUUCGAUGUGGCCUAACAAUUAUGGUGUCUGGGUUGAUGAGUUUGAGAGCUUGGGGCUUGGGGAUUGUCUGGACAAAACAUGGCCUAUGACUUGUGUCUAUAUUGACGAUAACAUGACCAAGUAUUUAGACCGGCCUUACGGUAGGGUCUGCAGGAAGAAACUGAAGACAAAGUUAUUGGAGAAUUGCGUCUCCAAUUCAGUUAAAUUCCAUAAAGCUAAGGUUUGGAAAGUGAAACAUGAGGAGUUUGAGUCGGCUAUUGAGUGUGAUGAUGGUAGUGAGCUUAAGGCAAGCUUAAUUGUUGAUGCUAGUGGGUUUGCUAGCAGUUUUAUAGAGUAUGAUAAGCCUAGGAACCAUGGAUAUCAGAUUGCUCAUGGUAUUUUAGCUGAAGUUGAUAGUCAUCCUUUCGAUUUGGAUAAGAUGGUCCUCAUGGAUUGGAGAGAUUCCCAUUUGGGAAAUGAACCUUAUUUACGAGCUAACAAUUCAAAAAUUCCAACUUUUCUAUAUGCAAUGCCAUUUGAUUCAAGCUUAAUAUUUUUGGAAGAGACAUCUCUGGUUAGUCGGCCGGUGCUAUCUUAUAUGGAGAUUAAGAAAAGGAUGGUAGCAAGGCUAAGACAUCUAGGAAUUAGAGUUAAGACAGUGAUAGAAGAUGAAAAGUGUUUGAUUCCAAUGGGUGGUCCUCUCCCUAGAAUCCCUCAAAAUGUGAUGGCUAUAGGUGGGAUUUCUGGGGUAGUCCAUCCCUCAACGGGGUACAUGGUGGCUCGGACAAUGGCUUUAGCCCCGGUCGUGGCUGAAGCGAUUGCAGAAUGUCUUGGUUCAACAAGAAUGAUUAGAGGAAGGCCACUUUAUCACAAAGUAUGGAAUGGAUUGUGGCCAAUCGAGAGGAGAUGUACAAGAGAAUAUUGCUGUUUUGGUAUGGAAACUCUAUUGAAGCUUGACUUGAAGGGAACUAGGGGUUUCUUUCAAGCUUUCUUUGAUCUGGAUCCUUACUUUUGGCAUGGGUUCCUCUCCUCAAGGCUCUCUCUUACGGAACAUGCUUGGCUUAGCGCCUCUUUGUUUGGACAUGCCUCAAAUCCUUCCAGGCUUGAUAUUGUUUCAAAAUGCACUGUCCCUCUGGUUAGAAUGUUGGGAAAUCUGGCUCUAGAAACCAUUUAGUGACGGAACAUUGAAGAAUGAUGGCAAGUUUUUCGUUAAGGGUCUUGCUGAUUCCUGUUUUCUUGCUUUUCUUUCCUUUCUUUCUCCCUUCUUUUAAUGAAGUCAAAUUUGUAAGAAUGGUUGUAGUAAUCAAGAUGCAGCAUCAAAAUACGACCCUAUCUCAUGAGAUUAUUCUGUAAAAAAUAAGUUACUGAUGUGAACUGUAAACGUUGCAAAAAUAAUUUCUUUCAAUGCCCUUCA